AUGGCACCACCAAGUCCACAAGUUGCAAAAGCCUUUCAGGCAAUGACAGCUAUUGGUCUCACUGAACAACAGAUUAAACCAGUUUUGAAGAAUCUCUUGAAGUUAUAUAACAAAGAUUGGUCACUGAUUGAAGCAGAGGAAUAUAGAGCUCUUGCUGAUGCUAUAUUUGAGGCAGAAGAUGCUAAGGUUGCGGCAGAAAAGAAGAAAUGCAACAAUUAUGAUCAGGAAGAUAUUGACGCAGAAUCACAGCCCAACCUUGAACCUGAACUUCCAUUGACAAGGUUACGUUCAAGAAGUCAAGAUGAGAGUUCAUCACAGAAGAAAAAAUCUCCAGAUGAAGAACUGGUGGAUAAUAUAGAGGAAGAUUUCUUGGUUCCUCAUCGUCCCUUGAAAAGGUUACGCCUACAAAAUCAAGAGUGUCAGGUGUCACCUUCCUCAAAUACCUGCAAUCCUAUGUCUGGUGGUACUUUGCUCAUAAAGCCAAAAGUGGAGGCAGAGGAACUACUUGAUGCUCGUUCUGCACAGCAGCCCCAAAAUACUUCACAUUCACCCGAGUCAAGGCCACCUGUUUCUCUUCAGUCUGGUAUUAAAGAUAAGGGCAAGCAACCUCUUAUAUCUAAACCGUUGGCACUGCAAGGGAAGAGUUUAUCAGAACGUUCAUCUAAUGGUGUUCGCUUUAAAGAGACAGUGGUUGAACCACGGAUUGUUCUUUUGCCUAAACAGAAUGUUAACAGUUUAGCAUUAAUUGAGCCUAAAGAUGAGCCCUUCACUGAUGACAUGGCCCAAGACGAGGUGCCCAUUGCUGUGAUCCAUCCAGAUGAAUCAAGUCAAGUAAAUCCUCCUUUAUCAACAGAAGGUGCAACUGGAAUCCAACAUGCUGAACUUGUGGCUUCCCAAGAGAGAGAAAGUAGAAAUGAUAUUCCAGCUUUAUCUAAUGAGGGGAGUAUGAAUAAUGAGCUUGCAACUAUUCCAGAGGGCACUCCUUCUAACUUAGGGGAAUCUUCUUGCUUAGAGGUUGCCUCGUCACCUUCAGGAGAGGUAAAGCUUUCUCUGAGUUGCAGUUCAGCUAUUCGAAGACCAGGUUUUCAUAUGCCUAAUCUAGAUGCAAUUCUAAAACUCACAGAGGAAAAAUGUCUGCACACGUACAGAAUCACUGACCCUAACUUCUCUUUGAAAAAUCUGUUGGGACAUAUGUGUGAGAGCUUCUUGGAAUUGGCAACUAAUUCUAAUGAUGAAUCACAGGAUGGACCAAUUAAUGUAGUACCAAAUCUGGAUUCAUUGCCAAAAUCUCCUGCUUGGGAUGCUGUUACUGAUCCUGAAGUGCCAAGAGUUCCCUUCCCUUUGAAUGGUGAUUGUCCACAAGUCUCUGGUUCUAUUGUUUCUAAUGGAUUUUCUGAGGAUAACGUGGAAGACUCUCUGGGUCUGGUGGUUGUUCAAAACUCUGACCUAACUCCUGAUGAUCUAAGGACUAUUCAUGAUAUAAAUGAUAUAGCUAGAGGAGAAGAAAGAGUCAAAAUAUCAUGGGUAAAUGAAUGGAGCAGGAGUCGUCCACCAUCCUUCUUCUAUAUCUCCGAAAACAUUGUCUCCAAAGAUGCUGAUCUUAAAAUAUGUCUAUCUAGCAUUGAAGACAAGAAUUGUUGUGCAACUUGCUUUGGUGAUUGUGUAUCAGCGUCUACACCUUGUGCAUGUGCACAUCAAACUGGGGGUAAGUUUGCUUACACACCAGAAGGCCUCAUUAAAGAUGAUCUCUUGGAAGAGUGUAUCUCUAUGACACGUAAUCCGCAGCCAGACCAUCUCUUCUACUGUAAGACCUGCCCGCUUGAAAGAAUAAAGAAUGACGAUUGUUUAGAGUCAUGCAAAGGCCAUUUAAGGAGGAAUUUCAUCAAAGAAUGCUGGAUCAAAUGUGGCUGUCAUGGGCAAUGUGGCAACAGGGUAGUCCAGAGAGGCUUAAAUUGCAACUUGCAGGUCUUUUUUACUCGAGAAGGGAAAGGAUGGGGUCUUCGAACCUUAGAUGACCUGCCAAAAGGUGUGUUUGUGUGCGAGUUUGUCGGUGAAAUAUUAACCAACAAAGAGCGGCAUCAAAGGAAAAUCCAAAGCACCAGAAGUGGGAAACGUCCUUAUCCGGUAUUACUGGAUGCAAAUUGGGGUACUAAAUCCAAUUUGAAAGAUGAAGACGCUCUUUGUUUGGAUGCAACAAAAUAUGGAAAUGUUGCUAGGUUUAUUAAUCACAGAUGUUUGGAUGCAAACUUGGUUCUGAUCCCAGUUGAAGUCGAGACUCCUGAUCGUUGCUUUUAUCAUGUUGCUUUCUUCACAACAAGAAAAGUAGAUGCCUUGGAAGAGCUUACAUGGGAUUAUGGCAUUGACUUUGACGACCAUGAUGAUCCUGUUAAGGUGUUCAACUGCCAAUGUGGUAGUAAAUUCUGCAGGAAUAUGACACGAUCGAAUAGAUCUAGAUCUGCCUCACUUGCAAGAUGAGUUUUGAGACUAUUUUGAGUGCUUCAAGGCAUGGCCUUUCCCUCCCUGAAGAAUUAUUAACUAAGCAGAUUUUACUGGACUAGUUUUGGUUUCAACUGGCUGUCCUAACAGUGCCUGUUUGUCAGUAGUGGCUACUGCAUCGAUGUUGGUUGCGCAUGAAGUAAUGCUAUGGUAGAUCAUUUGGAUGCUCUUGUAGGUUUUGUACAUGUUUAGGCCAGUUCACGAUCCGAUGCCUUUUGUGAUAGUUUUAACGUCUGAUACCAGUAUAUGCUGCUCUUGUUAUUCAGUAAUUCUGAAGGGGGAAAUCUUUUGCUUAGAAUUGUUUGUGAUUAGCUUAUGU